UUAUUUUAUUUCUUUUUCAAUGGCCAUCCCCUCUAUAUAUAUCUCCGUCUCUCUUUCACUCUUCAUCAGCUUCUAACUUCAGCUUCAAAACCCACUUUUCUUUUAGGUUUCUCGUUGCCCUUCGCUCUUCUUCAGCUCCAGCAAUGGUUUCUGCAGAUGCUGCUCGAACAGUAGUUGGUGUUCUAGGAAACCUGAUCUCCCUCUCCUUGUUCUUGUCCCCGGUGCCAACUUUUGUUCAAAUAUGGAAGAAAGGUUCAGUAGAGCAAUACUCAGCAGCACCAUACCUAGCGACCCUACUCAACUGCAUGGCCUGGACCUUGUACGGAGUGCCCAUGGUGCAUCCCCACAGCACACUGGUGGUGACCAUUAAUGGAACGGGGACAGCCAUCGAGCUCGCAUACAUAAUCCUCUUCUUGAUCUACUCUGACCCUCAAAAGAGGCUGAGAGUUUUGCUUUUUGUGCUCGUUGAAUUCAUAUUCAUCAGCGUUCUCACUGUUUUAAUUCUAACUCUAGCCCAUACGCCCAAGGAACGCUCUAUGAUUGUCGGCAUCGUAUGCAUUGCGUUCAGCGUCAUGAUGUAUGCUGCGCCAUUGACUAUCAUGAAAUUGGUGAUAUACACAAAAAGCGUGGAGUACAUGCCAUUCUUCCUCUCCUUCGCUUCCGUCGCCAAUGGUCUUGCUUGGACUGCUUACGCUCUUAUCCGUUUCGACCCCUUUAUUGCUGUACCCAACGCAGUGGGAGCACUGUUCGGCAUAGCCCAGCUGGUUCUCUAUGCGACCUUUUACAGAUCCACAAAACGACAGAUUGCAGCUAGGAAAUUAAGCAAAGGGGUGUUGGAUAUGUCUGAGGUGGUGGUGGCCGCUGAUCAAGAUGACUCUAAGAAGAAGAAGGAAGGCAGUGCUAGACAUCAAAAUGAUGGAUCUGCAACUGCUACUGCUACUGCUACUGCUUAAUUAAAAGAGUUUCCACCCUCCUAACACCACUGCUGAAUUACUGGACCCCACUUCCAAAACAUUUGUCCAGCCUAGAUCUCAUUACGUGUCAUUACUAUGUUACUUUCUUCCCUGUACCUGGCUUCGCCAUUUACGUACGCGUGUAAUUCCCAUGUUGCAAUGAGGCAGGUCAGCAACCAUGCCAUUGGCUUG